AUUGUAGAUGGAGAUGUAGGCAAGCUGCAACCAAACUUCUGGGUGAGCAAUUCUAUGACCUUGCUAAGAAUGCAAGACAGCACUUCCACAGGCAAGUCGUUGAUCUGUGAACUGUGUGACAGUGGUGACUCAGGUGUGUCACGUUGCACCAGUUGUAGUGUUUUCAUGUGUGAGUUUUGUGUAACUGCACAUAAAAGGAUCAAUACUUUCAAGGGUCACGAGAUUUUAUCCCUUGAGGAGGUGAAAGCAGUUGGUUCUCAGGCCCUCUCCAAGCCAGCUUUUUGUGAAAAACAUAAUGGUGAGACACUGAAACUGUUUUGCCAAACUUGCCAGAAAACAAUCUGUCGAGAUUGUACCAUUGUUGAUCAUCGUGAACAUAAGUAUCAUUUUAUAGCAGAUGUUGCUGUUAAGGAAAGAAAUGCUGUGCAAGCUGUUCUUCAACAAACCAAAGUCAAGCAACGUGCAGUAGCAGAAGGCUUAAGAGCUGUGCAGACAAUGAAAAGCUGUGUCCAGAAGAAAGUCACCGAAGUUAACAAACAGGUGGAUUGCUUUUUUGAUGAGCAAGUUAAGGCACUGGAGUAUCACCGUGCAAAUCUAAAGCAUGAAACAACAAUGCGAGGUGAACAAAAAGUCAAACAACUUGAAAGCCAAGCAGAGAUGCUCUCCUUACUUUUGGCACAGUUGAAAAGCAGUAUUGAGUUUGCUGACCGUGCCAUAGCAGACGGAGAUGAUGUUAAGCUCUUGUCUUUGAAGAAACAACUUAUCCAGCGACUUUCCCAACUUAAUUCAUCACAGAACCAACUGAAACCCUGCAAGGAUGAUUAUGUCAAGUUACUAGUGCAUCAAGCAAUUUGGGACAUUGGGAAAAUGGCGUCCUUAUGUUGCAUUCCCUUUGACCCACAAAAAUGCACCAUUAGUGUGGUAGGUGGAGAAGAAGGAGUUAUGUACCAGACCUUAGCUGGACAGUCAGUGGAUUUUGUGCUUAUUAUCAAAGAUGAAAAGGGGAGCAGAGUAACAGCAGGUGGCCAUGCAGUCCAGGCUCAAGUUGUUUUUAACAGUGAAGCUGUUCAGGAGGAGAAGGAAAUACUUGCGGUACAAGACAACCAUGAUGGAUCAUAUAACUUUUCUUAUUGUCCAAAAGGGGUAGGACUUGCCAGUUUGUCAGUGGCAGUUGAUGGUCAAACUGUACAUGGAAGUCCCUUUAAUUGGGAAGUCAACUGUAAUCCAGGUCAAGAGUGCAAAAAUCAAGGAACAGGGUUGAUGUCAGUCAGUGCAAUAUUAAGGGCAACUGCAGGCAAGCAAAAGUUUGUUCUCAGCGGGGGGAAACAUUCCUGGAAACUUCAGCUUCUUUCUCUCAGUUCGCAGGAACAAAUUCAGCUAGAAAUUGGCUGCAGCAGUAGACCAGUUUAUGAUCGUGUUGGCCACGGGAAAUCAAAAAGCCGAAAAUGGUGUUGGUAUCAUGAUUGGAAUUUUGCAAAAUCUAAAUCUUGGCGAUCAGAUCGUCAGAAGCCCUUUAUCACUUCUGUGCAAGACAAUGAUGUGUUCACAGUUUUUCUAAACUUCGAAACCAAGAUACUCAUUAUCAACAAUGUCCGCAGCAAACAAGCUGAGUUGUUUACAGGGGUUACAGGGGAACAACUGUUUCCUGUGAUCUCAUCAAGUUCAAACGUUGAGAUUGAUGGUGACCUGAACGUGAUACGUGAAACCCAUCUAUCCCUUGUUGUUGAUAAGCCUGCCAUUAUUUAGGUUGUUAAGGGCAUAGAUAAGUUUUAUGUACUUGAAUACGUAGGAGUUGAGGAGUAAAAAUACAAAAAAUAAAAACAAACUGUACACCCCUCCAAAUUCAAUGAUGUGGACUGGCUACUAUAAAAGUCAAGUUUCUUGCACUUUCCUAGAAUUAAACUUUGAGCCUAAGGAUCCCGAUGCUCUUUGUUAGUUAAUGCUCCAGUCGUGGUAUUUAAAAUAAAUGUCAUGUCUGAACUAUUCUCUUUGAUACAUGCAUAACAAAACAUCUCAGGCUUCAACAAAUAUAUAAUAUUAUAUUUAUUAACCAAGUGUGAGGGCUAUUUAUAAGUAUAUUGGCCCAAGGUUGUGACAGUAAGGACCAACCUUAACAUGCUCGGUCCUUACAUUAAAGAUCAAGGGGCAAUAUUCUCCCUAUACGGUCCUGAGCAAGGUUGGUAAAUGACAGAUUUAUUACACAAACUGAAAAUGCUUAGAAAAUAUCCCACAGUCACAGAUUAGAGAGAGUCAUAGUAAACUUCAAGUGAGUAACUCUGGUUCUGAGAGCCAAUGUACUGCUUACUAAUGUCUGGCUUUUUUCUUAAGAAGGAAAAGCCUUCAGCAAACACCCAUGUACGAGCAGCAGUCAAAACCGCACUGUCCUUAUGAAAAGACACAAUAGAAGUCUUUUUCUUUGUACCUAACAAAAAUAAAGACUGCUGAAGUCGUUUUGGCCUUUUUGAAUACUUGUCGGUAACUUGAGAACUCUGCGUCUUAUCUGUUGAGGAACGAGAUGUUUUGUUUCGAAUAACAUGGCUAAUAUCCUACCUCACUCACUUCAAGAGCAAAUUGCUGGAUGAGGGUAACCCAGUUUUGGCACCAAAAUUAUAGCUAAGCGCUGCAAAAUGUUACAUCUUUUUUAUUUGUUAAAAUCUGUAAAGGUUUCUGCUGUCAUAAAUUGCUUGUUGUGAACAUUUAAUGAAGUUUUCAGAGAAAAAGUGGCCACUCAAAUGUGUGAUGUCAGGAUAGUACAGUUUUCCUGCCUGCUGAAUGCUGAUUGGUUCAAUCAAAAUUCAGAAGCACUGGCCAAAAAAGGAGGAAGUGAGAAGAAAAAGGAAAAAGUUAGUUCUUUUGGAGAAGUCAGCCUUAACUUGCAAGAAAUUUGGGACAGUGCCCUGUCCUAGAGAAAUCUGAUUGGUCUAUUUUAGUUACUGGUCCUCUGAACUAGGUAACUAUUAAAAGCCUGUUAUUCCCUGGGUUUACUAUCAAGAUUGUUGUUCUAUAUAAUCUUUUUUGUAAGAUUUUUUAACUUUACAUACUUUUGUAAAGUUAGUGGAUGUUGUUCACUAUAGAAGUGUUUCAUAUCAUCAUCAUCAUCAUCAUCAUCAUCAUCAUCAUCGUUGUUGUUGCUAUUAUUAUUAUAAAUAAUAGCCCACUAAAAUUAUGUCUAUUGAUUAUUAUAUCAUCAUCAUCGUCAUCAUCAUCACACCGAUCCCUUAUAAUUAAGUUUCAGGAAUACUUUGUAUUCCCAGAGUCCUAUAUGUUUGAUAAUUGUUUCAUACUUUUUUAUAAAAUAUUUGAAGGGAAUUUAGUGAGAAUUCUAUUGAAACAAUCACAAAUAGAUCAUUCUCUCUCGAUUCCUACAAUAAUAAAUAAUUAGAUUAUAAGCGCGAGAUUUCUAUUGCGUGGUAGUUCAUGAGCAUGUAGCCUCGAGUUCACUAUCACGCAUUGAAAUUGAGAGCGAAAAAUUCAUUAACUGUUUAAGUAUAAAUUUGCUAGUUGUUCAAAACUUUAUCCAAAUCACCUUCACAGACAUGUUGAAAAUGCAAAGAUGCAGCCUCCAGUUUGUUAACAACCGCAUACUGCUAGGCUACUCACUAACUACAACAGAAUAGAUGGUGAGUAGUGUAGCUAAUCAGAGUUGGCGUUCGAGAUUUACGCCAGUAGAUUGACGCUAGUAGAUUUAUAGUAAGAGGAGAUCGUUGAUGUGGCCUUGCAACAACAGCCCCAUAAAAUUUAUCACCUCAUGGAAGUCUUAGCUAAUAAUCUGAUGGUUAAGAAUUAUAAUCCAUCAAAUAAUUUCGCUCGCGUGCAAUUGGUCUAAACACUUCACGUGACCGAAUAUUCCUAAAACUAAAACUGGGGAAUAUCCGAGGAUAUUUCCUAAUUUAUUCCCCCAAGCUACUAACGAAUGCUACCCUUUCGGAAAACUGCUGGCUUCUCCGAACAGAUAAUGUCCGCGGACGAAUAUCCGAGCAUAUUUUUGCGUCAAAUGGAGGCUAUUGUUUAUAUAUACCCCAUAUUAUUCCCAGAGGCUGUGGUCGUUUUGGCCAACACUACAAGUACAUGUAGGAGCUUAAUUUUGUAGCUUUUUUUCAGCAAAUCAGAAUUAAGGGAAAUUUCAGCCUGGUCAGAGGCGAUGUUUGUAGUUGCUGGCCAAAAAGAUGACAGUUUUUUGGGUUGAGAAUGUGUAUAUCCCUGCAUGAUCCAGUAAGAUUAAAGUACUAAUGGUACCAAUUACAAUUGCAUCUAACAAUGAAUAUCUAAGCUAUUGUUUCUAAAAUUGAAGUCUUUAGUAUAGAGCUCUUGAUAUUUUAGAAGUAUAUAACUGAAUACAUAAUUUGUUAACAGUUGUCUUACAUGUAAUAAAAUUUUGUUAAUA